GCUUGGAGGAUCAACGUCGAGGAGAGAAGCGUCCGUCGUCUCUUCUUUUAUUUGGUUUUAACAAAUCCAUUUGGUACAAGAAACAAGAUGAAAGUGGUUAUUUUGCUGUUCAUCUUUUGUCCUUUAGCAUCUUCAGUGAUCCACUCCCUGAAGUACUUCGACACUGGAUCCUCCCACGUGCCAAACUUCCCAGAGUUUGUGGCUGUUGGGAUGGUUGAUGGUCUUCAGAUGUUUCAUUAUGACAGCAACACUCAGAGAGCAGUACCCAAACAAGACUGGAUGGACCAGGUCACAACAGGUGACCCACAGUACUGGGAGAGGGAGACUGGAUAUAUGAUGAGAGCCCAGCAGGACUUCACAACCAACAUUGAGACUGCGAAGCAGCGCUUCAACCAAACUGGAGGUGUCCACAUUGUUCAGUUCAUGAGUGGCUGUGAGUGGGACGAUGAGACUGGAAACAUUAAUGGAUAUCAACAGCAUGGUUAUGAUGGAGAAGACUUCAUCGCUCUGGACCUGAAGACAGAGACAUGGGUCGCUCCGACACCACAGGCUGUCAUCACCAAACUGAGAUGGGAUCUAGACAAAGCUAGGUUGGCUUACUUGAAGAACUACUACACCCAUGUGUGUGUUGACUGGCUGAAGAAGUAUCUGCAGUAUGGGAGCAACAGUCUCCAGAGGACAGUCCCUCCCUCAGUGUCUCUGCUCCAGAAGUCUCCCUCCUCUCCAGUCACCUGCCAUGCUACAGGUUUCUACCCUGACAGAAUCGUGAUGUUCUGGAGGAGAGAGGAAGAGGAGGUCCAUGAGGAGGAGAAGCAUGGUGAGCUCCUCCCCAACCACGAUGGAACCUUCCAGAGGAGCGUUCAACUCCUCGUUGACCUUUCAUCAAUGAAGUCUGAGGAGUGGCAGAAGUACCACUGUGUGGUUCAGCUUUCUGGGAGGAAGGACGACAUCAUCAUCAAACUGGACCCAUCACAGAUCAAGACCAACUGGAAAGAUCCUGCCACCAUCAUGCCCAUCAUCAUUGGAGUGCUUGUUGCUGUCAUCUUCAUCAUGGCAGCCAUUGGCGUGGCUUGGUACAUGAAGAAGAAAGCCAAGCGCCCUCCACCUUCUCCUGACAGCGGCUCUGAGCUCUCUCAGCAGCUGAACCUGAUGCUUCACACUGAACUAAGUCUGUGGACACGUUGGGGAAUCAAGCAGACUUCAGUGCAUAACUCGGGAACGUGUCAGUUAAAAAUCAUUCAUUAAUCAUAACGGGUUUAAGUGGUGUGGGGAGUUACACAUGACAUGUUGAAGGACAAAAGUCAACAAUCUCUGCAGAAAGUUUUAUUUUAAUUUAAAGAUCUGUAUUUUUAAAAAUUUUCAUGAUUUAAAAAAUAUAUAUAUAUUUUUAGAUUUAUAAUUUUUUCCAAUUAUUUAUGUAUUAUUUAUUUUUAUGAUUGUUUAAAGCUCUGCAGAAUGGAGACUUCUCCCUGGUGGUAAAAUCUGUCUUUGGAAAAUGAACGCUGAGUUAAAAGGGAGGGAAUUUCAUUUAUUUGGCCUUGUUUAAAGAGAGGGAUCUGAAAAUCACACACACACACACACACACACACACACACACACACUCUGUGAAACAAGUUGUGUGGUUGAAGGUUCCAGAUUGUUUUAGGUCGUACUAGUUCUUCUGACCCACUCAUAGUGUGCAGCAUGUGUGUUCAGGGGCUGCUGCUGAAUUGGUGUAGAAUCAGGUUUAAUGUGCUGAAUAGUUUUCAUGCCCUGUAAGACGUCAUCUUGAUUUGUCAUAACGUGGUUGAAGGCUUCUGUUCUUUUUCUCUCUAUGUGACCAUAUUUGCACAAGUUAUGCUCAAGAAAUGUUGACAUGUUUUGCUGGGAAAUGGUUUUAAUCUGUGGCAGAUUCCCCCACCCCUAGUGGUGGUGGGGGAAUCUGCAGCCCUGACAAUG